CACCCCCCCCCCACGGUUCCGCCCCUCGGACUGCGGCCGCGCCCCUACCCCUGUCUCCGGGCCCAGCCUGGCGGCUGCUCCAUUUUAACCCUAGUUCGCGGGCCCAGCCCCUGUUCCUGGGCCAACGGCGCUGAUGCUGUCGGCUUCACCCAUUGUGCUGGCUCCUUUGAUCAUUGCAUUGAGGCUAUUCUGUGUGCACUGUGAGAAGAAAGCAUUAGCGGGUGAGAAUGGAAGAAUAUGAGGAAUUCUGCAAGAGGCAUUUAGCCAGGAUUCAGACUCAGAUGAUGGAAAAUAAUUCUUUGCAAUCAAUUUGGCAGAAGAGCAACUCAGUUAUCUGCUUCCAUGGGAUUGCUGCACUCUGUCCUCUGAUGAAUACCGAAAGGAAGCUGGAGAUGCAGCAGUAUAGACAAAAAGCUGUGGAAUUGGAGAUUAACCGGCAGAAACUGAGGAAAAGUGCCUUACUUAACCGUGUCCAAGAAAUUAUUGAAAAUGUACAGGUAUGCAAAGUGCCAAGUACCACUGAAUGUAUGAAAGACCCUGUUACUCAACCACCAACAAAAAAUGAUCCAACAAAUAACUUCACUACGAUACAGCAUACUGACCAUUCUUCAGUUUCCCCAAGCUAUUCGGAAAAGCCUGAGGACACAAUUCUAUCAACUCAGACAUUAUUGAAUUUAAAGGAUAAGGUUACUAUUCAAGACUCUGAAAAGUCUGUUUAUUCUUCUCAAAUAAAUGACCUUCCUAAUGCCACUUGCAGUAUCCAACCUGAUAACGCUCUUUCAGUAUGUGUGAGCCCUAAGGAAGAAGAGUCAAAAACUGAUGUGAUAUCCCCUACAAAGGAAUCUCCUGAUCACUAUGCAAUGAGUCUUCAGAAUCUGCUCAAAAAGUCAAGAGAAUAUGUUGAGCGAGAACAAAAUCGGCGCAAUAGUAAAAAUGCUUCCAAGGAAGUUGCAAAUGAAAGCCAUUCAGAUAAAGAAAAUGAAGGUGUUAAAAUCAAUGACUGGGAAAGAGAAAGAAAUAGAAUUUCGAACAACACUUGGAAUUCCAGUCCUGUGACAGUUGACGAAUCAAGCAGUGCAAGGUCAUUCUCACAGUCACAAGUUGCCUCUACAAGCAGUGAAAGCUUUGAAUUGUAUGAUAAGACAGCAAUUAGCAUAUCCACUUCAAUUUUAUGUAGUUCGUUAAAAGUAGACUUUCCAGCAAAGUCAAUAAAAGGCCUAUCUAGAGAAUCUGAUUCCGAUGACGAUUGGAUAAACAGCACGGCAAAUGAACAUGAAAGCAGCUUGCUUAAGAGCUUAGUGGGAUCCUAUGCCAAACUGCCCAAUCCUGAACCAAGCCGCAGCCCCAAAAUGCACCAAAGACGACCCAGGCCAUCGACCCAUAUUGUCAUUAAUAACCCAGUGAAUGCUUAUGAGCUAAGCCCAAAAGAAAAGUUCAAAGGGUUGCCUGGGACACAUCAAGGUAAAAGAAAUGUUAGUAAUCUUGAUAUAAAGAGAGCAGUUCCAAAUGAAGCUUUAAUAGCAGGCCAUCAAAAAGAAACUGAAAAAAUUCCUGGGAAGCUGCAGGAUAUUCCAACAUGUUUGGGAAGGGUAAAUGACAUUCCAACAACAAGUUGUUCACAGUUGUGUGCUGAACCUUCUGGGAAAUCUGAAGUAAAAAUGGUUGGACCCAUAGUUGGUAAUGAAGUUCAAGUGCCAUUGAGGACCUUGAUUCAGAAAGAUUCAUAUGAUUUGGAAAGGACAUCUCCAUUACUUAUAAAUAAUCAGGAAAUAAUUCAGCCUUUAGAAGCCCAGGAUGAAUUUAAUCUCAGUGGCCAUAAGGCCAGCAGCCCUAUUGAAAAGGCUAAACAAGGUUCACCCAUUGAACUUAACAAAUCCUAUGAUGUCAGACACCCAUCUCCAGUGCUGCUGCAAACUCAAAAUAGAAGGCAACAAACGGACUUCGCAAUUAUGCCUUCAGAAAGUGAGACGAGUCUACAAAGCAGCAUAGAAGCUAAAGCCAAACGUAAGUUAGCUCUGGAUACUUUAAGUGCCAAAGAAAACAAACGGUCCAUUGCAGGCUCAAAUGCUCAGGAGAUCAGGUGGAUUUGCGAGGAGAGACAUCAGCGAGUUUCUGUUAGCAGGAGUGAAACUGAAGUGCCUUCAAAAAGCCAUAAUAAUACUUCAGAUGAAGAGCUUAUUACAAAGCAGAUGAUGGCAUUUGUAGAAAUGCGGAAGCAAUUAGAAGAACAACACACCUUACAGCUUUCUAUGCUGAUUGCUGAACAAGAAAAGGAACAAGAGAAAUUGCGAAGGGAAAUAGAAGAGCAAGAAAGACUAUUUAGAGAGCAAAGGAAUUUUGUGAUGGAAUCAUCUGAAAGUCGCUCGAGUAAAGAAACUUCUCUAGAUUGGAGGCGAAUAAAUGAAAACUACCCCAUGCUAUCUCUGAUCAAUGGAGUGGAUGGCCAUCGACCCAGUAUUUCUCCUAACACUGCAUUUACCAGUAAUUCGGCUAGUGCUGAAUCUUCUUUCAGUCGAUGGAGAGCUGGGGAUGAAGAAGUACAUGAGAUGCAGUCUUCCUGUUUCCUUAGGCCACGGAGUAGAAGGUCACAGAUGAAUACACCAGAGGUCCAGAAGAAAUUUAAUAAAGUUACAGCUGUGGCAAAAGGAUUCCUCACUCGGAGGCUGAUGAAGACAGAGAAAUUGAAACAGCUUCAACAGACUAUAAAAGAUACCUUGGAGUUUAUAAAUAGCUUCCAGACUGAAGCACCAUUGAAAAGAGGUGCAGUUUCAUCCCAAGAUGUAUCACUGCAUGAAAGAGUCAUUGCACAGUUACGAGCUGCCCUUUAUGAGAUUCAUGACAUCUUCUUUGUAUUGAGUCCAGAUGACAGAAUGCAAAUCCUGUGCCACGAUCGGGAAAUUCGCAAAGAAAAGCAGCUGAGACAAAUGGAGAAAUGGAAGAGUCCGAGAGAAAGAGGAGCCCUUUCUGUUGCAACACAGAAAUCUUUAGAUAGAAAAAGGCAAAUUAAGGCUGCUGAAAUGGGAAUUAUCUGUAAACAGAAGUCCCAUACGAAACAGAAGACUUCCUCUGAAACCAGAAUUCUUCAACCAAGUCAGGGGCAGAAUGCCCCAGCCCAAAGGCUACUUCACAGACAAGGAGUCCAGACUUCUAGGAAGGGUGUUGAACAGAAUAGAGAAAGGUACACAGAAAGCAGAUUUCCUAGCAAAGCUGUUCCAGGAGCAUGUCCAGGAAGAGUGCGGAAAACAAAAUCAAGCGUUACGACACUCUGAGGAAACAGCACUCAAUAGGAUGAAUGGUGCUGCGUAGCUGCUUGACCUUUGAACAUAAGUCCUUUCAGUGAAAAACUACUGAAAUAAAACAGUUAUAGGCCAUAUGGUUUGAUGGAAGGAAUUUUGCAGGUGUCAAAAUUUCUACAUUCUUGUAUAAUUAACGAUCAUAUACCUUACAAAGUGAGAAUAUGCAUGCACUCAGAAGUUUAUUAAAGUGGAUCUGCUAACAGCUGGCUAGGUUUUUUUUAGAUCUUUGUGCACUGGUUUAUAUAUUUGUGUGUUUCUGAUGAGGGACUUAUCAAAACUAUUAGCAGUUAGUAUAUUAAAUAUAUUUAGUAUUCUGUAUUAUUGGCUAUGAACUACAUGCAAAAUGAUUCUGUUACUGGCUCUAAAUGGAAAGCAGUUAUUAGAGUAGGGCUAUAGAUUUUUCUCUUGAAAUACAUUAGUGUAUUUAAAUGUUAACUUCCAGUUUCAUUUAGCAGAAACUGCACAAAUUUCUGCAAUGAAGUGUCUGUACUAACUUUACCUUAAAUUGUCAAAGCAUGUAACUUUUCAAUUUUUUGAAAGCCUUUGUUCUGUCAUGGUUUCUCUUAUUAUGAACUCCCACCAUGAAGAUUAAAAGGCCUUCAGUUCAACAGGUGCCAUUUUCCAGUAAAUGCUGUUUUCUUGGUUAUAUAAAUAACCUUAUUUUAUUUGUUUAAAUUGCAUUACUUUUUGUGCCAAUAUUUAUUUUUAUAAUGUUUCAAUUAUCAUAUUUAUGUUGUGCAUCUUGCAAAAUAAACCAUUCAACCAUU